CGCCGAGCAUCGGCUUUUACAGGCCAUUACGCACGCUAACAAACAAAGGGCAGCCCACAAACACAGCAGACCUAUGGGCUCGCCCCCGAAAUUCAACAUUAAGAAAGUAAAAAAGCGCAAAGAAGAAGGCAGCCCGCGCCAGAAGGAGCGCGACGAGCUUUUGAGAUCGAAGGAGGCGCGCAUGGCGGCCAUCCGCCGCGCGAACAACAUCCGCCGCUCCGUCCGGAACCAGAUCGUGGCGCAGCUCGUCGCGACACCCGCCGCGUCGCCGGCGAAGUCAUUCGCAUCGUCGCCGUCCAAGUCGCCCUGAUGAGGACGGCACUGCUCGCUUUGGCCGCGGCGCGCGCGGAGGAGCCAAUCACGCUCGCCUACCGUAGUACAGACACCCUCUCGCGCACGACCGGCACCCGUAUCAGUAGAACCGGCCGCUACGCCUGGCUCGAUCAGGAGAAAUGGGUCGCGUACGCGAAGGAACUCUACGGCCCGAACAACGCCACCAUCCGAGACAUGGAUGUGAUAGAUAGGGCCCUGCUCCCGCCCGAUUUACAGGAGGCGCCGCGCGGCUGUCCUAGGUCCGACGACGAGCCCUUCAAGCGGUUCAACUGGCACGCGCCCUUUUCUCGCUUCAGAUAUUUCAGAAGGAGAACAGCGCGGGACCCACCGCCCCCGGCCUUCCGCAACUUCUCGAGAAUCGAAGUCACGCACUGCGGCGGCUCGAAGUUCGAAACGAAUGGCGCGUUCUUCUACGCGUUCCGGGGCUCGGGUUUGUACAUCGAUAUCGGGCGGUCGCUGGCCUUUGAGACGCACGACGACGCCUCGCGCUAUUUGUUGGGAAGGCCCUGCGCGCCGGGGAAGCCUCCGGACAUGAAGCUGGGCAUCUUCCAGUGCGACGCGGAGCUGCCGCGCAUCAUCGGCGCCGCGAAAACUCAGGGGUGGGACUCGCUCCAGUUCACGCGCCACUGCGACGCCUUCUGCACGGGGCCCUCGCCCGAAGCUUUGCAACGGGCCCGGGCCCAAGGAAGGGACCCCUGGACGUUUACGAGCAUGAGCGACGCGCUCUCGGGGGCCGACCCGCGGUCGCAGCUCUGCGGCUUUGAAGUGGUUUUCACGAGAUUCGCGGGCACGGACGCGUGCCCCGCCGGCCUCGAGUUCUUCCGGGGCUGGGGCGGCCAUGAACGCUGCGCCUGCGACGCGACUCGCUUGCGGUCGCAGCGGGGGCGGUGCGCCGCGUGCGCGCCCUUUACGACAUAAUGUGAAA